CACCCACACACACAUUCUCUUUCUGUCUCUGGCACACAAUCACACAGCCUUUGGCUCAGAGCACUGCCAGAACUCCCUCUGGAAGGAGAGAGAGGGAGAUGUGGAGGGAGGGGAGAGGGAGCUGCCAAAAGAAGGAGGGGGACAAUUUGGGGGACUUUAUAAAAGAACGACAGUGGGUGGGAGGGUGGUGAGAGACCAGUUUUUUCGAAAAGGGGAGGCAGACGAGAGGAGAAGAAAGCUUCAGGGAAAGGAAAAAAGAAGGUUCCAGAAGAGCUCCCAAACUAUUCAGACAAUAUGCCAGCCACUGGGAUACCUGCCUUAUUGCUACUGAUCAUCUCAUUGGUGCUGCUAAGCAGCUGCUUGGCCAAUCCCAUCACAGCCCCCCAGGGAAACAACACAUCGACUAAACCUCCGGUGACCCGGCUCCGAAUUCUUUAUGUGACGGGGCUGGGCGAUGACGACUAUACUGACUAUGGUGAUGAGGACAGCAAGACCACACGCAGCAGCCAUGGCCCCAACCCAACCCUGCAUGGUGACCCUGAGCCCUGUGACUUUGACCCGUGCCGUGAUGGCCAGGUGCCCUGUGCCCAGCUUUCCGCUAACACGGGCUGCCUGUGCCCGGGGGUGAGCGGGGCCCAUGAGCCGCCUAAGGCGCCCGCCGUGGGGCAGGUGUCCCAGGAGGGGUCAGAGGUUUUGGUCACAUGGUGCGCCCCGUUAUCAACGGUCACCCAGUAUCGGGUCCAGGUGGAUGGACAAGACCCCCUUGUUUUCGGGGAGCGGGCGCGGAGGGGCACCCUGGGGCCUCUGGAGGCAGGGGCAAGGGUAUGCGUGGAGGCGGUGAAUGAGGCGGGGGCCAGCCAGCCCUCAGACCGCUCCUGCCUGGAGUACAAGCCUCAGGAUGAUGGGAGCUCCGCUCUCAAGGCCGGGGUUAUCGGGGGUGGCCUGGGGUUCCUGUUGCUCCUCUCUCUGACUGCCCUGCUGCUCUGGAAGCGCAACGCCUGCAAGAAGAGCGGGGGUGACACAGAGGGCCUGGGAAACCCAUCCUACAGCUCCGAGGGAACCCUCUGAGCCACUCCCCACAGGGGGACCCAGUCAGGGACACGCUGAGAUGGAGUAACACACAUUUUUCAUGGGAUGCAAAGUGUGUGUGUGUGUGCGAGUGUGUGUAUGUUUAUGUGUGCUCUCCUGCAGAAACACCUUAGAAAAGGCCCACACAAAGUUCCCCAGAAAGAUUUUCAUCAGAACCAAUGGGAGCCAAGAUCAGCUUGCGUACGUGAAUGUGUCUCACUGCUGAAUUGCUGGCAUGUCUGUUGCGAGGAUGACGACCCAGGAGAGGAAUGCAGUUCAGGACUUAUGGUGUGCUGUAACUAUUACAGGGUAGAACAACAUAAAAAUGAAACAAAAAAGUACAUUUCUGCUGGACUGCUGUGAUAGAAAACCAGCAAGAAGUGUGAGGAAGAUCAGUUAAUGUAGCUGCUUAUUAACUGUACAGAAUGUAACCUUGUGCUAGGUCAUGAGGUUAGGCUUACAAAUGUCUUCAAGAAAGUGUGUCCACACUGAGACGACAUGGAGGCAGAGAUGUGAUUCUGUGAAUCGGAAGUGCUGUCUCAUUGGCUCAUCUGAGAGAGGCAGUGGACCAGUAAUGGAAAAUGUCGCUCAGAACACUGGAGGAGCAAAAUGGACCGUCUGAGUAACGUGCAUCUAAUUGGUGCACCAUGUUGUAUUUCCAGAUGUUCUUUUUAGAACAGUAGCUGUUAUAUUAACCAAUACUUGUUUAAUCAGUUGUUAGUGUUUGUAGAUUAAUUUAUAAAUCUUUUUAAAGUGAUCACAGUAAGAUGUAUUCACAAUGUGUGUCACAAAUAAGUAAUUUAUAGGAGCUGUAUAUGAUAGCUGGUUGGUGUUUGAUAGGACUGGCAUUGCACUGGAUUAACAGCACUUGUACUUAAUGGACACACUGUUUUUAAAUGAGAAAAUGAAUAAUUGUAUUGUGUGGCUGUGGGUAACAAGUUUGAAAAGGUACAUAAAUGGGAGAGAGAGUAUAUUUUAAAUAGCUGACUGUAUAUUUAGUAGAGAUGUAUGUAAAUGGGCAGAUGUAAUUUUAACUUUAUUUCCAGACAUUUUAUUCACACAGUAGAAAUAUCAGUAUAUUUUGGACAUGAUAAAUAGAAAUGUAUUUGUGUCAAAAUGUCUAAUUUAUACUGUUCAAAACCCUUUUUAUGGCAUUAUUGUAACAAAAUUUUAACUGCAAUUUGUGUGUCAAGAAAAAAAAACCCCACAAAUUUGUAUUAGUUUUCAGUUGUGUUAUUUCCUGUAUAACAAGGCGGUUUAGGGCCAUGAAGCAUGAAUUUUCUUUGUUCAUCUAAUGAUGGGGGUGUCAGGGGGGCACCAUCCUCAUGCGUAAAGCAUUUGUGUGGGGCCCUUACCCGCUCCCUCUCUGUUCUACUAAUCCACGGGUAAUGAGAGGGAGGGACAUAGUCGGUGCAGGGAUUGGUCGUUUACUGCGCGUCCCAGUUCCGCACGUAAAUCGCAUUGUAAUGCCACAGUGCUUUGGGCUUGUGGGUUUUUUUAGAAUCUGCAGUUUUGGGCUUGUUUUAUGGCCAGUUACAGAAUUUCGCAAGCACAGUCCUCGUGACUGCGAGUCAUGUGCAAAAGCACAUACAACUUUAUAUUGAGUGAGUCCGGCUCAGGAUCACAUCUGUCUGUGCGCUAUGGCACUUGGGACAUGUGAAUUAAGAAUGCCCUCGUUUGAGGCACUAUUGAGGUCCACCACUGAAAUAACGCAAGAGGUGCGAAAUCCGGAAACAGCAACUUACACAUUCAUAAAAAAUACUACAAAUAACCAAGUGUUUAAAGUCACACUUAAAUUUUGAAAAUGCUAGGAAAAAUUUGCACUUCCACUUAAUUAGCAGGGUAUGAUGUAUAUCAGAUAGAGGGACCAAAAGGUAGAGUGUUUUAUUGUUAAAGCAGGAAAAAGUUUAUACGAUAAUUACUAUACAACUACUACAACUAUACUGUAAAUACAGGGUUAUUACUGACCUGAAAGUGUUCUUGAAAGGACAUUAAAGCAGUAAACAUACUUACUUUGAUGGAUGCCUUUGACAUUGUUUGUAAAUAUAUGAUAAAGCCUUAAAAGAAUAAACAGGGAAGAAGUGACACCAAUAAAAUUUCUGAAACUAAAUUGGUCUAUCAAUCAAUCAAUCAAACAAACAAACAAAUUUAUUUAAUCUCAAGUUCUCAAAGUGAUUACAUCUCCUUGCACGUCUAUGUCCCCCUUUCACAUAAACAGGAGAACCAGCAGCGUAAACAGAAUUUCAAGUUGCCACAACACAGUCAACAUCAGUCCCCUUAUUCUGCAAUAGUAUCCUCAAUGGCAUUUGCUUAUAAGACAGUCU